CGCUUCCGUUUGGGGUAAUAAAAAUGUUGCUGGAAACGUUGCUCCUGAUUUUGACGGUGACUUUUCCCUCGGCGACGACGGCAACGGCAACAAACAGCAGCUGUGUGAAUGUCGUCACGAGCAAAGGUUUGAGAACACUCCAACACUCUCAGGUGGCGUGUGCGCCGGUACAGCCUGGGAAGCCGUGGCGGAAUGAAGGACUCCAAUAUUUAACAUGUGAUUUUGGAAAAGUCUCCACAGGGAUUUGUCCCAAUGACAAAAGGUAAACACUUCAAGGUACACAUUUCUAACAAAAAAUUACGAGGUACACAUCUCCAAAGGAAACGUCCUAAUAGCACAAGGUAAACAUCUCUAGGUAAACAUUUCUCGGCAAACAUUUGAAGGUAAAUUUCAAUUUUAAGGUAAAUACUUCAGGACAGACAUUUCAAGGUACACAUUUCUAGCUUAACAUUUCAAGGUGCACAUUUCUAUCUUAACAUUUCAAGGUAUUCAUCUUUUGUACCGGGAAAUUCUCUGACACUAUAUGCACUAUUUUAUUUAUUUAAAUUGACCAAUUAUUAGAUAUUUUAUCAUAGUGAUCAUUAAUUUCUGUCAAUCCCAGUUCAUUUCAUUAAUGAACGUAAUGCGUUCGAUUUACCCGCUAUAAAAAUAUGAGGAUAUUGUGUAGGAGUUGUGUCACUCGCACUUUAUAAAUUCUUAAGCAUCUCAAUGAAUGUAAUAAUUGACCAUAAUUUAACCCCCAAAAUAUGACUAAAUAACGUACACAUGUUAAGUUUUGAAACUAAUGAUAGGAGUUUAAAAUGUUAUUUUAAUUAAUAUACAACAAUCUUUUUAAAAAUAUUCCUAAGACCCAUCAGUAGUCUGCAUGCUAUCUGUAAACAAGGAAAAUCCCACGGUAAAUCAGAGCCCUUCUUACAGAGUUUUAAAAAGUUUCCAAAGUAUUUGUAACCCUUUAAAUCGAAAUAUUACUAGUGCCUACAAGAAAGGUGACCGCCGUAACCUAGAAAACUACAGCCCAAUAUUCCUGACCUUCGUACCAUGCAAAAUUCUAGAACAAAUCAUCUGUCGCCACACCUUGAACCACCCUGAACACUACAACAUCUUGACCACCCUAAACCACGGUGUCCGAUCUGGAGUCUCAACAGAAACUCAAUUAAUCAUCACCACCAAUGACCUCCUAGCCUCCUAUGAAAAAGGUAAACAGGACGACAUGGCGAUUCUCGACUUUUCCAAGGCCUUUGACAUUGCUCCACACAGCCUAAAAUGAGUCAAACGGAGUAGGGUUAAACAUGAAAACAAUAAACGCAACAAAACAACGAACGUCUCGGCAGAAAGGCUUCGUCAGCAAACAAAACAACAGAAAAAACGGUAUUAAAAAAAUUAAGAAAUAGCAUGGAUACUAUGACCCAGCAAAGUGCUAUUUCUUAUUUGUAUUUUUAUAUCGUUUUUUUUUCAGAUGAACAAUUUUAAACAAUUUUUUUGGGGGGAUGCCCAACUAUUUCAUUAAAUAGUUGACUUGAUACACUUUUUAGCCAUCAUGAUUGUUAAAGGAAUAGGCCUAUCACCAAAGAGUCGAUCAAUAGCAUAAUGUUCGUCCUUAGUGCCUAAUGUGUUUUCAAUUAAUUUAGUAUUUAAUUGUUUCCUUGGCAUAAAAAUGCACCCCCAAGAAUAAGGCGCUUCGGGCAGUUGCCUGCUUUGGCUGUACCUAAGGCCUGCCCUACUGCUCAAUAUCCAGGCCCGCACCUGGGGGGGGGGGACCAUGGCACUUGUCAGGGGCCCGAGCUAGACAGGGACCAGCCCUUUUUCGAGUUUUAAAAUAUUCGCCCCAUGUUUGAAACAAGAAAGGGGCCCGAACUCUGUCAGCUGCCUGGGGCUCAGAAUUUCCUAGUUGCGGGCCUGUACUAUCUGCUAUUAUUCACCUGUAAACAAAUCUAUCAACCAUUAAAAAGGCAAUUAUUACUUGACACACACCUUUCAUCUAUGCCAUCAUGAUUACAAAGGUAUGAUUAAAAAAUAAUGAAAUUCAUUUUUCUAUGCAUGUUUUUUUUUAAUUUUUUUAUUUUGUAUUGCGAUUCUAAUGUCACUUCCCAUUUCUAUAUUUAGAUAUGACGUUGCAAUAGGUGCGUGUAUUGAACCCCAUCUUGCCUCCUGUGAACUCUACCCCCAUAAUGGUAUGUUACUCACACACAUGUCAAUCUGUUGUAAAUAAAUUAUAAUCUCUGAGACCUAUGAAGACAAUCUCUUCAUGUUAACUUUUAACCCAUUUAACAAUUGGAUUUCUUUAGCUGGCUUGCUUCCUCAGACUUGAGUACAUACUGAUAAUGCUGCCUCACUUAAAAAUGAUAUAUUUUAAAGCUGACAUGCUUCAACGGACCAACAAAUGACAAUAAUUAUGAGAUAUCUUCAAGCACCAUCUUUUGUACGCUAAAAUAUUGAACAUUAUCAAACCCUCUUCCAGAGUGGCAUACAUCUGAGUUUCUAGGAUCAUGUAUCAUCAAAGUCGAAGCUGUUAGAACUUGUCAUACGUUGCCCAAAGUUAUUUUCGCUUACAAACAAUAUUAUUUAUGGUCACAGAAAACGAAUCAACACAUCUGGCACCGGCCCCUGGUGCACCGGCCCCUGGUGCAAUUGCGAGACGUGCCCAUAGGAAGGCCAAACUUAAAAGUUUGGGAAACGCUUCUCUAUCUGCUCUAUCUGCUCUAUCUGAUAUAUCUGCUCUAUCUGCUUUCUCUGCUUUCUCUGUUCUGUCUCUUUUUAAUGGACACCCUCCCAUCUACUCAAUCCCCCACCACCGCUGCCACCACAACCCACCCCACCACCACCACCAAAACCAUCACAAACACCCCCACCGCCACCACCCCCACCCACCCCACCACCCCCCCCCACACCACCACCCCCCCCACCACCCCCACCACCCCCAACAUCACCACCCACCCCACCACUCCCCCCACCACCCCACUCCCACCACCACUCCCACCACCACGACCACUACCACCACCACCACCACCAAUGACACGCUUUCAUACGUUAUCUCACUGCUCCAAUCCCCAUUAUUUCUUAGCUACAACAACUAGACGUAAAGGAAAUGCUAACAACGGUGGAUGUAAAAACAACUGUCGGCUCCCCGACUGCUUUUGUUUUGGAAGUAAACCUAAAACCCGUCCCUUGGAUACGCCGAUGUUUGUCAUGAUUACGUUUGAUGAUUUUGUCAACAAUGAUCUCUACAACAAGUUCUACAAACCGUUGUUCAUUGACAACAUUCACGAACUCUAUAACCCAAACGGAUGUCCUAUAAAGUAGGUGGCGCUAGUGCAUUAGUUGAUUUGUCUAAUUUCCCAUGAAUGGGUUCAUGUGUGUGUAACUUCUUGUGGUUUCCAAACAUCGGAUUGUGAGAAAGAAUAGGCCAUGUGGACAUUUGGCUAUGUGGCCAUGUGGCUACCUGGUUGUUUAACUGGAAUGUUUACCACGGACGAGGCAGUGCUGCUGGCUUGCUGGGAGAGAGACAUAGAAAAUAUAAAAUCUAACAAUAGAUCUGUUAUCAACUAUGUCACGGGGCGGCAACCGUAUAAGUCAGCGGUUCUCAACCUGAGGAUCGCGACUCCUUUGCGGUAGAACGACCCUUACACAGGGGUCUUUUAAGACCAUCGGAAAACUCAUAUUUAUGAAGAAGCAACGAAAAUAAUUUUAUGCUUGGGGGGGGGGGGGGGCACCACAACACGAGGAACUGUAAUAAAGGGUCGCGGAAUUAGGAAGGGUGAGAAGCAAUGUCCUUUGCGGUAGAACGACCCUUACAAAGGGGUCUUUUAAGACCAUCGGAAAACUCAUAUUUAUGAAGAAGCAACGAAAAUAAUUUUAUGCUUGGGGGGGGGGGGUGUCACCACAACACGAGGAACUGUAAUAAAGGGUCGCGGCAUUAGGAAGGUUGAGAAGCAAUGGUAUAAGUGUUGGUGGCAUCAAGUAUACAUUAAAUGUCGUAUUGCACGAUGAAGUAAAAAUUGUUUUGUUUCUUUUAAAUUUGGGGUGCGAGACGUAAGACCACAGAGGAAACAAAUAUUUAUUUUCGGAAAGAAAAGAACAAGUGGACUUGUUCCACUUUCAUAUCAUUUGAGUUUGUUGUGGAUUGGCUUUAGGUAAACAUGGGUUGGAUGACGACACCUUGAAUUGAAAGGGAAAGAAAUAGUUCUUUUUAAAAUAGUACAUAUUUUAAAAUGAUAUCAUUGGGCCUGUUUUAAUAUCCCUACUAAACUUAACGGAACCGAGUUAAGGAAAAGAAAAAAAAAAUGAUUUGGAACCGACCCAAUUUGAAAAACUAGGCGGCGUCUAUGGGCAAACUACUCUUUUUUUUUACACAAACUUGGACGUACCCCCUACUGGUUAAACGUCCGGUUACAGACGACUGGUUUCAAUCUACGGGCAAAAAGUUUAACGAUUUAGAUAUUUUCAUGGAAUAUUGAAUUUAUAUGAAAAAAAUAUGUUUGGGGGGGGGGGGGGGUGCUGGGACUCCUUUAUGAAUCAUUGUGGAAUCAUAUCAAUAGUAUAUUUUUAAUUAAAGAAAGGUUUAUCAUUAUUGUGGGGAAAAUGUGGAGAAUCCGAUGUAAAGGAAGUAUCAUUUUCUUGGAUUAUCUUUUUUCUCCCGUGUUUUUGAACCAUUCUUCGGGGGAAUUCCACAAAUAACAUAAAAAUUAUGGCCAACAUGAGGACACUACAAAACUAGGGGGGUCACCUAAGAAAUCGCCGUCAAAAUUUAAUUGGAGCAAUAGUAAGCCCGUGGACGCUGUCAGUAAGUAAUUCAGUUCUCCCGACAUUCUGCCGUUUGUUGGUAUCCUAUUUUGAAACGGCGUUAGGCAAGAAUGUGAAGAUGUCUUAAGACACCAGUGCUUCUGCUGAGGGGGGGGGGGGGGCUGGGGGUGUGACCUCAAAGGUGUCACACAAGACAUACAUUAAUUUAUUAGAAAUAUUUUCUAAAUUAAAGCAUAAAAAAAUUUGCAUUUUCAAAAGAAUGAGAUCACUUUUAUUAAAUUGUUGGUAUCCUAUUUUGAAACGGCGUUAGGCAAGAAUGUGAAGAUGUCUUAAGACACCAGUGCUUCUGCUGAGGGGGGGGGGGGGGCGGGGGGUGUGACCUCAAAGGUGUCACACAAGACAUACAUUAAUUUAUUAGAAAUAUUUUCUAAAUUAAAGCAUAAAAUAAUUUGCAUUUUCAAAAGAAUGAGAUCACUUGUAUUAAAGGCAUUGCUAUUAAUCAUCACCACCAAUGACCUCCUUGCCUCCAAUGAAAAAGGUAAACAGGUCGAUGCUAUUUGCAUUUUCAAAAGAAUGAGAUCACUUGAGGGUUAAGUCGGUAUGAACAUUUGUUUCAUGGGCAGUGUUAGCCUCCCCCGAACUAUACUUUUUGCAGACAUGUCUGAGCGUGAAGAGACAUGUGGUAUGAAACACUAUAUGCAUUGGCACACUCACAAUCAUACAAACUUUUGAGUGGCAUAAGAACUUUCUUUAAUUUAAAUUACUGACAGGUCAAUGACUCCGUGCUAUGCCUGUGACCGUGGCCGUGGGUGACAAAAAAAAAGAGGGGGGGGGGGGGGGGGGUGGGGGGGCAAAUACAAAAGGGGAAAUGAGCAGAACCCAAAUUUUAACAAAGGGCCGAAAGUGUUUUAUCUACAAGAGGUGCAUUUAUUAAGCUAUCGUUCGAGGUGUAAGUUAAGUUGGUUGAUUACCUCGUUGUUGCAAUUCUAGCAAUGUAUUUUAGGGAGGGGUUUUAAGUGUCGUCGAGAAAUUGUUCGCUACAUAAGGGGUCGUCCAUUAAUGACGUCAACAAUUUUUACACAAUUUUGACCCCUCCCACCCCCUAGUCAACAACUGUCAAACUUUCAAUGACAACCCUAUGUAAUCAUGUAAACAUUUUCUACCCCCCCCCCAACCCAAAAAAGGAAUUAUUUUAUAAAUAAAUUUAUAAUACAUUUUACUUUUUGCUGAUCUAUUUUAAUGACACAAAAUUGUAGGAAAAAACAUUUCGUUACAUUGUUAGCUUAUUAAUCAACAAGUUAAAAAGUUUGUACACUUAAAUUUUAUAAUGCAUAAUAAAUUGAAAGGUUGUUAAAGACUAAAUAUCAUUGUUUGGGGUAUAACGAUGAUUAUUGUCAGUAAAGCUUGAUUUUAAAACAAUUUUCUCUAAAUAUUGGAAAAACACAUAAUAAUAUGAUAUAAAUUAAUUUAAUAUUAAAGGAAUUUGAUGUAUUGAUAUCUUAAUAAAAAAUGUAAACACACUUUUGCUUUGUUUUUCAAAAGGAACAGUUGAGGCGACAACACUAGACACAUUUGUGUCUAUUGCCUCCAGCCUUCAAACCCCUAGUGCAUGAUUUCCUCAUCAACACCAGUAACAGAAACAUUGCAAAUCCCAUCUACAUGCAUAGGAGCCAAAAUGAUCAAUAAAUUGAUCGUGGGCCCUUAAGAUAUAGAAGAAGAAGAUGAAGAAGACAUUAUACAUUAUCAGAAAAUCGUAAAAGAAAGAAUUUUUUUAUCUCAAGAAGAUUCUCGCAACCAUUUUUCACGGCUAUAAGAGACUUGUGUGUGUGUGUGUGUGUGUGUGUGUGUGUGUGUGUGUUUAAAUAAAAGAUUAAAUUGUAAAUCGCAUAAAAAUACACACUUGGUUACUUUUUGCAAAGCAAAAACAAAAAUAUAUUUUUUAUUUUUUUUUAAAGUAAAUAUUAACCCAUCUCUAUUUUUCAAAAUUAAUUUUUCAAGUGUGCAAAAAUGAUUGGGUUUUGAUAUUCAUGGUUAGACUUAUAGAAAUGUACCCACGGUUUGUUAACGCCUUAAAAAAAAAUUCUUAGUUGGUAAACAUAUGUUUAUUUGUAAAAGGAGAAUGUAACAUCUCUUUUUUUCACAAAUGUAAUACCAUAUGAGUUAACUAUAUUGUCAUCCACGUAAAAAAUAUAUACAUCUUAUUUCCUACCGCCGAUAUGCAUUUACCCAAGAAAAUUAAUUAUUUAGCUAAUUCAUUCUUUUAUUUUAAGACGUAUCUUGUGCUGCUUGGGUAAAUGAACAUACACAUAUUUGUAAAAAGAGAAUGUAAUUUUUUUUUUUUUUUUUAAAUGUAAUACCAUAGGAUUUAAAUACAUUGUCAUCCACGUACAAAUUUACACAUCCUAUUUCCUUCCUUCGAUAUGUUUGUACCCAAGAAAGUUAAUUAUUUAUCAAAUUCAUUCCUUUAUUUUGAGACGUAUCUUAUGCUGUCUGGGGCAAAGUGAUCCACCCCCCUCCUUCCCCCGAUUUAAAUAAAAUUAAUGACAUCUUCCACCGGACUGUAGUCCCUUCCGUACCCAAACUAACAGAUUUUGCAUGUCAUAUGGUUUGUUUUAUUUGGAUGAGUUAUAAGUGGAUUAAUGAAUGCUAUGGAGUUUCGCUGCACUGAUUGACUUACAUGACAUUUUCUUAUUGAAAGUAUAUUUAAAGGUUAAGUUUUUAUUUUCGCUUUAAAUUUUUAAAAGUAUAUUUUUUGGAAUUUUAAAAAGUAAAAACUCAUUAAAGGUUAAAAAUAUAAAGCUAAAAUGUUUGUGUGUUUUAUUAACAGUUCCAAAAGCAAUCAAUUAUAUUUUUAAUUUUACUUUUAAGAAGGGGAAAAUACAACAUCAUUUUUGUAACGCGCGGUUAUUAAAUCAAAGAAUAGGCGAUUCGUGCUAUUGCGUCAUUUGCGCUUUUAUUUAGAAAAAACAAUUUUAAUUUGCUUUCGCAAUAUUAACAACGCACUAAANUAUAUAUAGAGAGAGAGAGAGAGAGAGAGAGAGAGAGAGAGAGUGAGAUAUAUAUAUAUAUAUAUAUAUAUAUAUAUAUAUAUAUAUAUAUAUAAUAGUGGGGCUCUAGGGAGGAGCUUAUGUUGUCAAGGUGACGUUGGUCGAAACAUAUUUGAGAUCCAAUAUAAUAAAUAAUACGCGUUAAUUAUUUUUCAAUUAUUAUGUGAAAAGGUUGACUAAUUAUGUAUAUAUAUAAUUAUAUUUAGGUCGAUUAUGUUGUGAAGUAUUUUAAUUUCUGAACAUCUGGAUAGAAUGGGUCUGUUCGUGAGUCUUAACAACACCAACGUCACACUGGUUGAGGAGGCUUAUGAAGCCGGGCAUGAGAUUGGUUCUCACACUGUCAACCAUGGUGUACCUGAAGGUGCCAAUCAAACGUACGCGGCUGUAGUUGAUGCGGUAAGUUAAGAACAUUUGACAUCAGCCAUUUUUUGAGUGGGGAGUAGGAAUGAAGUGAGGUUUACAUGUAUAAUCUCUUCAUCCCAUUCUCUGUUCAGUUUCUCAAAAAAAAACUUUAUUAAAAUGUAUUUUAACCCCAAACAAGUAAAACUACCUUUAUAUCUUCCUUAAAAUUUCUUUUUUUUUAUCACCAUUGUAGUUUCCUCCACCACCAUUGUAGUUUCCUCCACCACCAUUGUAGUUUCCCCCACCACCAUUGUAGUUUCCUCCACCACCAUUGUAGUUUCCUCCACCACCAUUGUAGUUUCCUCCACCACCAUUGUAGUUUCCUCCACCACCAUUGUAGUUUCCUCCACCACCAUUGUAGUUUCCUCCACCACCAUUGUAGUUUUCUCCACCACCAUUGUAGUUUCCUCCACCACCAUUGUAGUUUCCUCCACCACCAUUGUAGUUUCCUCCACCACCAUUGUAGUUUCCUCCACCACCAUUGUAGUUUCCUCCACCACCAUUGUAGUUUCCUCCACCACCAUUGUAGUUUCCUCCACCACCAUUGUAGUUUUCUCCACCACCAUUGACUAUCGACCCUUUUUUUUCAAAAUAUCCUAUUCAGGUGGGUUUUUUUUUUUUCUUUUACCCCCACUUUAGAUUGUCGGAAUGAAGCAGCGAAUCUUAAAGAUGACGGGAAACAAAGCCCUCCACGAUUCUAUCGUUGGGUUCAGAACCCCGUACCUGAAAUGUGUCGGUGAUAUCAAGCUGGAUGUGCUCAGAGAUCAUGGCUUUCUCUAUGAUUCCUCUUACACCAACACGGACAUGCUGGGCGGCGUCGCGCCUCACUGGCCGUUCACACUGGAUUUUUUCGCUAAAAGGUGUUUUUCUUGACUUGUGUACAUGUACAUGAAUCUAUCUGUAUGUUCUCUUCCAACGUCAAAUCAUACAUUUUCCACUCGUACACAUUGUGAUAAUGGAGUGGUGAUUUUUUUUUUUUGGACAAAAUUACACAUGGCAUUAGCAGUUUAUUUUUAAUAAAAGCAAUAAUACUAAGUAUUUUAAACCAAUAACCAAAUAUUAUCCAAACAUUUUCUAUAAUAGUAAAUAUUUUACAUGAUCUCUUAUACAUAGUUUACUUCUGAUGCUUCCUUGCUUCCAUUUCUCAACCGGCCAUCUUCCGGCUCAACUUGUUUUGUAUUAAUCGUAUUGAGUGAAAAGUGAAAAAAAAAAAAAAACGCUGUCACACAGCGAGCGCCUGUCGUAUCAGUUGAGGUCGGGGGAAAAAUUUUGAAUUUUUUUUUCUACACGGUGGAAGGAUGACUAUUAUAUAAAUCAAUAAAAGGCCAUGGGUAUGAUGUAGGACUAUUUGUAGGACUAUCUGUAGGACUGUCUGCAGGACUUCAGUAGGACUGUCUGUCGGACUUCAGUAGGACUGUCUAUAGGACUUCAGUAGGACUGUCUGUAGGACUUCAGUAGGACUGUCUGCAGGACUGUCUGUAGGACUUCAGUAGGACUGUCUGUAGGAUUUCAGUAAGACUGUCUGUUGGAUUUCAGUAGGAUUGUCUGUAGGACUUCAGUGGGACUGUCUGAAGGACAAUAGUAGGACUGUCUGGAGACUUCUGUAGGACUGUCUGUAGGACUGUCUGUAGGACUGUCUGUAGGACUCUCUGUAGGACUGUCUGUAGGACUGUCUUCAGGACUUCAGUAGGGCUGUCUGCAGGACUGUCUGUAUUACUAUUGUUUAAAGGCCGGCAGGUAGGGUGUAGGAUUGCCUGUAGAACUGUCUGUAGGAAUGUCUGUAGAACUGUCUAUAGUAUUAUUGUUUAAAGGUCGAUAGGUAGGGUGUAGGACUGUCUGUAGAACUGUCUGUAGGACUGUCAGUCCGUUGCACUAUUGUUUAAAGGCCGGCAGGUAGGGUGUAGGAAUGUCUGUAUGCCCAUUGUUUAAAGGCUGGCAUAUAUUAAAAAAAUUAGAAGAAACAUUUGUUUUUGUAGCACUUGGAGCCAAAUGGUAUUUUGUUCAAAGUACCCGGACUUUUUGUAAAAACUGCACACGGUUAAUUAAUCCCUAGUCUUUAAUAUUGCUCUUAUAGAAUUAGUGUUAACCUUCAUAGGGAGUCUGUCCCCAGGGGAAAUAACAAAUGUUAUACUGAGGUGAUUAUUAUUUAACGUAACGUUUAUCCUCGCUUCCUGUCUUUUUUGCAGUGUUUCCAGACACCAGGGGCCGUCUCCCAAUUUCCUAGUGCUCCUUACUUAUCCGCCAUUAUCACUAGCCAUCACAUUCUUAUGUCACCCCUCCCCCCCCCUUUUUUCCCGUAACUGUUCACUCUCCAUCCCUUUCUAAUGUCCCCUACAUCUGUAGCCUUCUUAUUUUGAAGUUGCAUUUCAAUGUUGGACUUUCUAUACAGUUCUUCUCAAAUAUCCCAGGUGUGUCAACUGUCCUUGCCCUGAAAAACGUUACCCCGGCCUGUGGGAAGUCCCACUCAAUGCCUGGUUGGGUGAAGACGGUCACGUCUGCAGCAUGGUGGACGGGUGGACCUAUGACGAUUAUGGCACGAAAGUGGACAGUGCAACAGCAGAACAGUGGUACAACUAUUACAAGUAAGUUGAACAAAAUAGUUGGCUCAUGAUGACUUGACCAAAGUGUUUCUAUUAACUCAAAGUCUACCCAAGAGCAAAAAUUCAACCACUUCCUUCGAUAUUUAAGUUUUGGGCAUAUCUUCACGACACAUCACUGCGACACAUCCCUGCGACACAUCCCUGCGACACAUCACCGCGACACAUCACCUCGACCAUCACUGCGACACAUCACUGCGACACAUCACUGCGACACAUCACUGCGACACAUCACUGCGACACAUCACUGCGACACAUCACUGCGACACAUCACUUUGAUACAUCACUGUGACACAUCACUGCGACACAUCACUGCGACACAUCACUGUGACACAUCACUGUGACACAUCACUGUGACACAUCCCUGCGACACAUCUCUGUGACACAUCACUGCGACACAUCACUGUGACAUAUAAUGCGACACAUCACUGUGACACAUUAAUAUGACACAUUCACUGCGACACAUCCCUGUGACACAUCACUGUGACACAUCACUGCGACAAAUCACUGUGACACAUCACUGCGAUACAUCACUGCGACACAUCACUGCGACACAAAACUGUUACACAUCCCUGCGACACAUCACUGUGACACAUACUGUGACACAUCACUGUGACACAUCACUAUGACACAUUCACUGCGACACAUCACUGUGACACAUCACUGUGACACAUCACUGUGACACAUCACUGUGACACAUCACUGUGACACAUCACUGUGACACAUCACUGUGACACAUCACUGUGAAACAUCACCGCUAGAAGCGGACAGGAAAAGAAGACUAAGAACGGUAACUUAUUUUAACAGUGGACGUGUUGGGACAUUCGUUCCCUUUGAAACCUGUUCAGUUGGCAUCUGAAUUUAAUGAAAGCUUCAGGGAGAAAAUAUUUCCUUUUGGAAGAUUUAUGAAAGGAGGUUUGAAACAUUCUAGAAAUAUAUUUUUUUUGGUCUAAAAAAAAAAAGUGGUCUGCGAAAUUGGGUAAAUUACCUCAAAAGGGUAAAAAUAAAACUCUUGGCGAUAAUGAGGGCUCACUAGACAUAUAAUAUAAAUAAAUAUUUAAAUAUAUAUAUAGUUGGUGCAGUUGAUGAUUUAAUAUAUACCGUUCUCAUGUUAUAGUUGAGAUAAGGCAGACGAUAGGCUUGGACAGCUUUUUUCAUGUUAUAGUUGAGAUGCAUACGGUGGACUUGGACAGCUGUACUCAUGUUAUAGUUGAGAUGAUGCAGACGGUAGGAUUGGACAGCUGUACUCAUGUUAUAGUUGAGAUGCAGACGGUGGACUUGGACAGCUGUACUCAUGUUAUAGUUGAGAUGCAGUGGGAAAGUGGCCAUUAUCCUUUGUAGAAACAAAAUCGUGAUAAAUUGGUAUUUCUUUAAAUGUUGUUUUUUUUUCAAAUCUAAAACAAAAAUGUGUUAGUCCUACUUACUUAGACGUAAGGCGGUGAAAACAUAUUAUAAUGAUGUAAAACAAACUGAAUAUCUAACCUGGUGUAAGAAAAAGAGAAAAUCUAACCUGUUGUAAGACAAAGUGAACAUCUAACCUGAUGUAAAUUAUAAAGAAUAUGCUAAAUGAGUUAAAAUAAACAGGAUACAAAAAAGGUAAAUAAAUUAAUAAUUCUAACAUGAGUUAAAAAAAAGUAGCAUAAAAAAUAUGAAUAUCUAGCAUGGCGGACAACAGUGUUGUAUCGCUUAAAAUAUGAAUAUCUAACAUUGUGUAGAAUAAAGUGAAUAUCUAAAAACUUUUACAAGUUCUAAAAUUUACUUUAAAAUUAUUUUUUUUCCAAAAAAUUAUUUAUACAUUAAGAUUUGAUCAAUGAAGAGAUUAAGAUUUGAUCAAUGAAGAGAGAGAUAAUGAUUUAUAAUUUAUAAAGAAUUAUUCAAUUUAGUAGAGUCAGACUACUUUCAAGUACCUCGGCUAUUUUGAACAGGAAAUUUUCAACACAUCCCACACAAUAAAACGAAUGUAAGGCCCGAAUGCCUUUUUCUAUCUUUCUUCCCCAGCCGCCACUUCCUCAAAUAUCUCCGCCCGCACAAGGUGCCCAUGUCCUUCUUCAGCCACGGCCACGUAUUCUUCAAAUCUCCCAGCUCCUUUGUCGCGCUGGGUCAGUGGUUGAAGGACUUGCUUCAAAAAUAUCCGGACGUUUGGAUCGUUCCACCGAAAUGGGUCAUCGAAUGGAUGAAAAGGCCGCUGACCGUCUCCGAAAUGAUAGCUAAAAAAUGGGGUUGUUAGUGAUCAGUUAGAGCUAUUGUCACGUAAUUCGGAUAGGGACCAGUCAUAAAUGUGACUUCACAUUGCUUGAAU